AUGAUUCUGCUGGCGACAAGCGUUGAUAACUCCCAUCAGGAAACAUUCGACCUCUCUCUUUCCAAUAGAAUUUUCUUCUUUUACGGAACUCAAGAUCGUUUCAUCAAUACUAAAGGAACCUAUGCGGUCAAUUCAAAUUGUACCUGUCAAGCUUCAUCAUUUGCUGUGAAUGAGCUUCGGACUGAUGCUUCUAGUUAUCAAUAUUGUUAUUUUGAUAGUUCGAACUCGGUGACUGUCUUGAUGACUGGUCCUGGAUUUUGCAACUUCUCAAUGGCAUUUGACAAUGAUGAUUACUUUUUAUACAUUUCCGAUUUUUACUUGACACCGAAUGGAAAAGUCAUUCCCGAUGGAAAUGGUUUUCAUGAAUAUGGAUUGAAUUUUACGAGUGGAGAUGUUCCUGUUUCGUAUUCUUUGUUUUCCAUGUUGUUUGAGAGAUCAGGAAUUAAAUCAUUAAGGUCUUCUCUGAUACCAUCAAUUAAUGCAGCAUUUACAAAGAGUGGUUCAAAUUCGCUUUUUACUGCCAUGUUGAGUUUUGCACAAAUUCAAUCCAUGCUGGAUGUGGCGACAUUUGACACUUAUCAAAGAUAUAAGAGAUUGGAUUUUGAUGUUGUGAUGGACUCGUUGAUUUAUCCAGUGAGUGAUGGUGUUCUUUAUUAUUCACCAUUGAAUGCCUCCAAGAUUGUUCUUUCACCAAGUAUCAUUCGAUUUGGAGAGUUGACCUUUAUUGAGCUUGGAACUUUGAAUUCACAACCGCUCUUUACACCAAGUAAUUCACUCAUGAUUACAAUUUGUGGCUCCAAUUUCACAUCCAUGAGUGGAGCUGUCACGAUGGUCACCGAAAGUUUAGUACGGGCUCAAAUUAUUUGUACAAAUCCAAGUUUCAGAAAUGGAAUGACCACUCUCAGUUAUUCACAAAGUGGUGAUGUCCAGAUGGUGUCCAUUUGA